AUGAGACUCUACGCGGCUGCCUGCGCUCUCUGCAUCCUGGCGCGUGCCGUCGCGGCGGAUGCCCAAGAUACCCGGGACAUGACGACCUUGUCGCGGCGACGAGUCGCUGAUCUCGCCGAGUUCCCCAACCCUUUGUGGUUUGGCAGCGUGCAAGAAUGGAUCGACACGCAAAAGUCCGAUGGCACGUGGGCGGAUGUCAACUAUCUCUCGGGAUGUCCUGCGCUACACUGGGCUGCCCAUGUGGAACGCCAGGGCUAUGGAACACCGCAAAACUGGUAUGGACAAGCCAUCUUGAUCCCGCAACUGAGCUCUACGGCCUGUCUGCUGGCCCGAGAUGGACCCCUUUCGCAGGACCAGCGCGACGGCUGCAUACGAUUGACCAAGCGCACGUAUGACAACAUCGACCUCUCGUACGGCACUGGCGGCAAUCUUACCGCUGCCAAUGUGGUUCUUGUUCUGCAAAGUGCCGUCAGCCUCGGUCUGUUCACCCACAACGUCACCAUUGUCGAAAGCGCCAUGAAGAGGGCAUUCGGUGGAAUGACGUUCUCCCAUCUGGCCAUGCAGGAUGGUAUUCACAAGGAUGGCUCGUUCUUGCAACAUGAUGGCAUCCUCUACAAUGGCAAUUACGGGAAAGAUUUGCUCAAUGUGUUUAUUCAACUAGAGGGCGAGGCUGUCGGCACGCGCUUCGCGGCCGAUGCCGCCACUAAGCAAGCCAUGUCGACCUUGAUCAAGGGUAACGAGUGGAUGAUCUUCACAGACAAAAACACUCGACAGCAGCACUGGGACUUUAAUACCAUUGGUCGCUUCGUCAGCUACCCGACCAAAGACUUACAGGCCAGCGCCGACAUCAACUUCAACGUCACGAAGCUGGCCCGCGCUGUUACCGACUUUGAUGGCGCAGAUGAUGUAAAGGACACUAUUAAGCGGCUCGAGUCAAAUGGGACAGAACCGCUCGUUGGUAACAAGGGAUUCUGGGCAAGCGAUUACAUGGUCCACCGCCGCGAGUCCUUUAUCAUCGGCAACAAGAUGCUCUCUUCACGGUCCACCAACUCCGAGCUCGUCAACGGCGCCAACCCGCUCGGCUACCACCUCGGCCAGGGCACGCUCUUCACGUACGUCGACGGCACCGAGUACAAGGACAUCUGGGCAUCCUGGGACUGGAACCUAAUCCCGGGCACCACCAUUGUCCGUGACACGCCCGCCCUGGCCGCCGCGGGGCCCAAUCACCGCGGCGCGCGCGACUUUGUCGGCGUCGUCAGCAACGGCCGCGUCGGCGCCGCCGUCGAGGACUACGCCGACCCGUCCGACGGCCACGUGUCCUACAAGAAGGCCUGGUUCUACCUGGGCGACGCCGUGCUUGUGAGCGUCGCAGAUGUGCAUACCAGGGGCAUGGGCGGCGCGCCGGUGAUUACCGUGCUGGAGAACCGCGCCAAGGCCGACGGCGGCGCGUUCGUCGACGGCGAGCGCGUGCCGCUCGGCACCGACACCAAGGUCACCGGCUCGACCCUGCUGUACGGCGGAAACGGGUACCUCGCGUACGGCGCGCCGUUUGACCUCACCCUGUCCGAGGGCGACCGCACCGGCAACUGGUCCGCCAUUUCCACCUCGGCCGCCGGCCCGGCCACCGUCGCGGUCUUCUCCGCCUACGCCGCUGUGACGGCCCCGCGCGCGAGCUACGCCCUCUUCCCCGCGACCAGCCCGCGCAAGCUCGCCCAGGAAGCCCAAGCGCCGACCUGGGUCCCCGUCUGGGGCGAUGGUGUGUCCGGCGCGGCGGGACAGGGCGUGCUGAGCGUCGUGUUCUGGCCGGGCGGCGGCGGAACCGUCACUGUUGGCCUCGCCGAGAUUGGCUGGGCGGAUCGAGGCACCGUCCGGGUGACGGCGGGUCAUCCGGGCCUCUUUUUGAUCACGGGCAGCAGGGAGGCAGGGGCGUCUGGCGGGGGCCGCCUGACGCUGGCCGUCUCGGCGGCGGACCCGACGCAGAAGCGCAAAACGGCGACGCUGGAGCUGCUGUUGACGAGGCCGCUCGGUGAGGCUCAGGCAUGUGGCCGGGCGGUGCAGAGCAAGGUGGAUCUCGAUUUUGUGCUGCCGACGGGCGGCAUGGCUGGCUCUUCGGUAAAACAGGAGGCUUUCGUGCAUAUGACGUGA